GCGGCGCGGCGAUUCGGAGGUGCUUCCUCGACACGAUUUCGACGUCGCUUGCUUGCGAUUGUUAGUCUAUGGUUUGUGGAUCUCUUCAGGCACCUCCGUCUGUUCCAAUGUCUCUCUACUGCCUAGAUUUCUAGUGUCCACUCCGAUUCCACUACGCGGCACAUUUCAGUUGCUGGGUUUUUGCCAAUUCUGUUCCAAUUCUGCUCCAAUUCCCCUGUUUCCCUCCAUUGAUCACUGCGGGCUAGUGCCCAGCCGCGUGAUUGGCGAUGGUGGGUUUUUCUUCUUUUCUGUAGUGAAUCAACAGCCGUGACUUUUUCCGGGUGGAGGGGAAUUGUAGGCUUGGCUAUUCCAAACUGCGUGGGUUGGUUUGUUGCAGCGUCUGUGACAGGGGUUCGAGUGUUGGCAGAGCAUGGACACGCCACUUUUUCAAUGCCCAGCUUCUUUUGGGUCUAGUGCUCCAUUGUAGCUCUAGCGUCUGACCCUGUACCGGACGAGGUCCUUUGAGAAUGGAUCGUGCAUCUUACUGUGUUACCACGUUGUUUGGAUGCGUAUUGCUUCUACGCUGACUGCCAGUUAACUAUCUGAAAGCUUGAUGUGCGAUAUAAGCCUGCGUGCACUUCUUUGUGCAGGAUGGUCUGCAUAAUUCGUUUUUUCCUUUGUAUUUAAUUGAUCGAGGGGUUUUGACGACUCUAGAUUCCGGCAUGCAGCGUGACUUCGAGAGGAAAUCAUUUUCGGAAACCACUGCUACACCGUCGCAUACAUAUAUAGAGCAAUGGCGGAGCCUGAAGAAUCAGUACUAGGGCGAGUUAAGCGUAAUAUGGGGCACAAGCUCGUUUGGGAAGAAUUGGGUGGUUCUGUGGGCGAUCUUGGCACUUUUGUGCCUAUUGUACUCGCUCUGGUGCUCGUCAAUGGACUUGAUCUUGGGACAACCCUGGUUUUCACAGGCGCCUACAACGUCGUCACAGGUCUGCUCUUCGGAGUACCUAUGCCGGUGCAGCCCAUGAAGUCGAUUGCUGCAGUUGCAAUCACAGAAGGAGAUCCCCUUUCACUGAACCAAAUAAUGGCAGCGGGGUUGUCUACGGCACUUGUUCUGGCGAUACUUGGGAUCACAGGUCUCAUGUCCGUGGUGAACCGCCUUGUGCCUCUGCCUGUUGUGCGAGGUGUCCAGUUAUCACAGGGCAUAGCAUUUGGGAUUACAGCCGUGAAAUACAUACUUAAAGAGCAAGAUUUGACGAAGGGAAAAACGACAGGUGAUCGGCCAUGGUUGGGGAUGGACGGGCUUGUGAUGGCGCUAUCCGCUCUUUGCUUCAUAGUACUCACCACAGGCGCUGGAGGCGGCGGCAUUCAUGAAUGUGGGAGCGACAAUGUCGGACUCUUGGAAGGCGCGGAAGACGAGUCCAUUACAAGAAGGGAGAGGAGAAUGAGGGAGGGCAGGUUUGUCGGUCUACCGACUGCGCUUCUGGUGUUCAUCGUGGGAGUCCUUUUGGCUAUCGCACGAGAUCCGGGCGUAAUUUCCAAACUCCACUUCGGACCAUCGAUACCCCAUUUCUUAACCAUCACGAAGGAGGAUUGGAAGAUUGGGUUCAUGAGGGCGGCGAUUCCUCAACUCCCUCUUUCCAUUCUCAAUUCCGUAAUAGCUGUCUGCAAGCUUUCCAACGAUCUGUUUCCAAGCAAGGAUGUUUCACCCUUUAAAGUCUCGGUGAGCGUGGGGCUGAUGAACCUAGUGGGAUGUUGGUGGGGCGCCAUGCCGGUCUGCCAUGGAGCGGGGGGAUUAGCAGGGCAGUACAGAUUCGGUGCAAAGACUGGGAUGGCGGUGGUCUUUCUCGGUUCUGCAAAGAUGUUUCUGGGUCUGGUUUUCGGCACAUCUCUGGUACAACUCCUAGCACAGUUCCCAAUUGGACUGCUGGGUGUGUUGCUCUUGUUUUCGGGCCUUGAAUUGGCGAUGGCUUGUAGGGACCAAAACAUGCGAACCGAUGCGUUUGUGAUGUUAACUGUCUCGGUGAUCUCCUUAACAAACUCCAGUUCAGCUCUUGGCUUUGGAUGUGGGACUGCCCUUUCUGCACUCUUACACGCUCGAAAUAUGGAUUUAUGGGUAAGGCUGUGGAGGCGAGUGUCUCACCGAGGUCCAGCAAGCAGGCGAUCUCCUUCUGGUUACGACAUUCUUUCCCAAAACCCGCCUUAAGGGAUAAUUCACAAUGCAAUUGUGCCCAACUCCCUGGCUGGAUUGGCAAUUCGAAGUCAUGGCCCAACUGGUGAUGGCCUUGUGGAUUAUAACCAGAUUUAUAUUUCCAGCAGUGUGUGUGUGCAGGUUGGUCGAGUUCUGUUGCUCUCCAUGGGAUGUGCUCUUCCGUGGUUGAGACUCCCUGAUUCUUUCAACAAAUUGAGUGCCAGGUUUAUAAGCAAUUACCGCUGUCUCAUUUUUCGCAAAAUCUGUUAAGAUCAUGAACAUCUAGAGUUGCUGACGGCUGUUCGGUUCAGGUUGUGUAUCUGGGUUCAUGUGAAACCCGCAUUAGUUAGUAUUUGUGGUGAUUAUUGCAAUGUUCAUGUUGUAGAUUUGAACAUUUUAAAUGUAGAUAUUGGACAACAAAUAUAUUGGGUAGCAUGUGUUUGUUGAAAGAGCUCUCUUUUAGUUGAUGUAAAAGCAGAUUACCUUCCGACCUCUUGUAGUUUCUCUUUGAAAGUAGCUUUGUGCAUGUGGAUUUGAUGAUGUUUUCAUGCACUCAAUAUCAUUCAUGAUUUUACAUUUGUAUUCACAUAAAAAAAAAAUAUUGUUGUUUUUAUUGAGAAGA